UCUCUGCGGUCUGUUGUUGUUCGACGCUGAAGCUAACGGCUAACAGCUGGCAGGACCGUGAGGAUGCGGUCGGACCGACACACGGAGCGACACUCGCGCUGCUGACCUCUCUCUGUUCCGGUUCUGUUAGUUAGAACGGACCGAGCCGGGCCAGCUACCGCCUGCUCCGGGCUUUCGGUCCUCUCUGCUGCGGGGGACGACGAGCUGGCUGGCCGCUUAGCUCCGUUAGCAUGUGCAGGCUAAUCGGCCAGUGUUAUUAGCCUCUUUACUUCCGGCUGUUAGCCUGAUUUAUGAAUGUAUCAGCGGGUUAGCCCGAGACCUAGCUACUCUAAUGUUGUAGUCAGAUAAGUGUAUUUAAUUGCAGAAUGUAUUUGCGUGUUUGCUCGGCGGAGACAGUUUCUGAGGUUUCACUAACGGCUCGGUGCUCUGCUAGCAGCUAGCGCUAGCUGUUAGCCGCGGCUAACGGGCUCAGAUGUCUUUGUUUCCGUCAGACGGUUUCUGAUGUGAGAGCAGGUUAGCUCGGCUGUUAGCUUAGUUAGCGGGCAGGUUCGGACACGGCGCUUUGUCCUCCGGCGUUUGUCGGUGCAGCAGAUGUUUAGCUAAGCGUUAAAGCACAGAUCGGUUUGUUUCUCUGCGGGCGGACAUGCAGCGCUCCGGGCAGUGACCUUGGACUCCUCAUCCCCAUCAUCUCCAUCACAGCGAGCCGCCGGGUUAGCAUGGCCCUCCGACCGGGCUGCAGGCACACUGUGGUCUACCUGCUCAUACUGACAGGAUGCAUUGCUGCCUCUCAGAGGAAUGACAACGUCUAUGUGUCGGGGAUUUCUAAUGCCUGCGGCGACGUGGCGGAGCUCCUGCGAGCGUCCAGCGGCGUCAUCACCAGCCCCGGUUGGCCCUUCCAGUAUCCGGCUCGACUGAACUGCAGCUGGAACAUCAGAGCUCGACCCGGAGACUCCAUCACCAUCAGCUUCCAGGACUUCGACCUGCAGGGUUCCCAUCGCUGCACCUCAGACUGGAUGUCCAUCAGCAGCUACAGGAGUCUGGACGGGCUGAGAGUCUGCGGCUCGUCGCUGCCGCCGCCGUACAUCUCCUCCCAGGACCACGUCUGGAUCCACUUCCACUCCGACGACACUCUGACCGGGAAAGGCUUCCGACUGUCCUACAUCACCGGGAAGCCGGAGGCGUCGAGCUGCGACGUGGACCAGUUCCACUGCUCUAAUGGGAAGUGUAUCCCUGACUGGUGGCGCUGCAACUCCAUGGACGAGUGUGGAGACAACUCAGACGAGGAGCUGUGUGUUGACUCUCCGUUCUCCUUCCAGCCCUGCAGCCUGAACCAGUUCCCCUGUUUGUCCCGCUACACCCGAAUAUACACCUGCCUGCCGCACAGCCUGCGCUGCGACGGCAGCAUCGACUGCCAGGACCUUGGUGAUGAGAUCGACUGUGAUGUUCCCACCUGUGGAGAAUGGCUGAGAAACUUCUACGGUUCUUUCAGUUCACCCAACUACCCCGACUUCUACCCUCCAGGAAGCAACUGCACCUGGCUGAUCGACACCGGAGACCACCGCAAGGUGAUUCUCAGGUUCACGGACUUCAAGCUCGAUGGAACUGGUUACGGCGACUACGUGAAGGUGUACGACGGUCUGGAGGAGAACCCUCGCCGCCUCCUCCGGGUGCUGACGGCCUUCGACUCCAGAGCACCGGUUGCCGUGGUUUCAUCAUCCGGUCAGCUGCGAGUUCACUUCUAUGCCGACAAGAUCAACGCGGCCAGAGGCUUCAACGUCACCUACCAGGUGGAUGGGUUCUGCCUGCCCUGGGAGGUUCCGUGUGGGGGGAACUGGGGCUGCUACACCGAGCAGCAGCGCUGUGAUGGGUACUGGCACUGUCCGAACGGCCGGGACGAACUGAACUGUUCUUCCUGUCAGGAGGACGAGUUCCCCUGUUCUAGAAACGGAGCCUGUUAUCCUCGAUCGGACCGCUGCAACUACCAGAACCGCUGCCCCAACGGUUCUGAUGAGAAGAACUGCUUCUUCUGUCAGCCAGGGAACUUCCACUGCAAGAAUAACCGCUGCGUGUUCGAGUCGUGGGUUUGUGACGCUCAGGACGACUGUGGCGACGGCAGUGACGAGGAGAGCUGCCCCGUCAUCGUCCCCACCAGGGUCAUCACCGCCGCCGUCAUUGGCAGCCUCAUCUGCGGCCUCUUACUGGUCAUCGCCCUCGGCUGCACCUGCAAACUUUACUCGCUGCGCAUGUUCGAACGCAGGUCGUUCGAGACGCAGCUGUCCAGAGUGGAGGCGGAGCUACUGAGGAGGGAAGCCCCACCCUCCUAUGGUCAGCUGAUUGCGCAGGGACUGAUCCCACCUGUGGAGGAUUUCCCAGUGUGCUCUGGGAGCCAGGCGUCUGUUCUGGAGAACCUCCGUCUGGCUGUUCGCUCCCAGCUCGGCUUCACCUCCCUCCGGCUGCCCUCCUCUGGUCGUCAUAGUAACCUGUGGCGCCGUCUCUUCACCUUCUCACGGUCUCGGCGGUCGGGUUCGUUGGCUCUGGUCUCAGCCGACCUGGAAGACAGCGCCGGCACCGGCAGCACUGGGAGUUCUGGCUCCGACCUGCUGUCUCCGGACUCGGACGACACGGACACGGAGGGCGAGCGGGGGAGGGAGCGUGGCGUGGGUGCGGUGGGCGGACCCGUGGCCCCGCUGCCACCGAAGACUCCACCCCCCUCUGCUGUGGAGGCCGUCGUCUCGGUGACAGCAUCAACUACGUCCGUGACCCCCAUGCCCAGCCGAGACCCAAGCCGUGACAGGCCCCGAGAGGCCCCGCCCCCCUCCAGCCCCGUCACCGUUGUAACAUCCAAUCCAGAUCCCGAAUGUCACAGCGACGUCCCAGACCUCCAGGCGCCUGCUGCCUCCGCCCUGCAGCGCCUGGCCCAGAACCUGCACCGCCUGGCCCGGAACUUGACCAGAACCAACCAGAACCAGCAGCCCUGGACCAAUCACAGCCCACUGCGCCAGCUGGAGACAGGAAGGGGCGGGGCUGAAUCUACUGAGCGACGGGGAAGCAGAGAAGAAGAAGAAGACGUGGAGCUCCUGAUCCCCGUGUCCGACUCCGACACGUCGUCGUCCUCCUCACUGGUCAGCGACGUCCGCCAGCCUCUGCUGGAGCCACACCCUUGCUCCACAGCAGGCCACCCCCCCCGCCAUCACCACGGAAACAGCAGUCGAGGAGGGCGGGACGGCCCGUGUGAACACUGCAGGAUGGUCCACACGGCUCAGAUCCCUGACGCCUGCCUGGAGGCCACGGGCAAGAUGGAGAGCAGCGACGACGAGCUGCUGCUGCUGUGCUAACAAGCUAACCUGCCGAGCUAACAUGCUAACUGACAGGCUCAUACUUCAUACACUUCACCUACAGCUGGCUAACAUGCUAAUUGACAAGCUAAUACUUGAUACACUUCAACUUCUGGUGGUUAACAUGCUAAAGGACAGGCUAACACUUACUACACUUCACUUACAGUUGGCUAACUACAGGUUAUUACUUUAUACACUUCACCUACAGCUCACUAACACUUUGUAGACUUCACUUACAGGUGGUUAACAUGCUAACACUCAGACUACUACUUCAUACACUUCACCUACACCUGAGUAACAUGCUAUCUCACAGGCUAACACUGCAUGCACUUCAUCUUCAGCUGGCUAACGUGCUAACUGACAGGCUAACACUUCUUACACUUGACCUACAGCUGGCUAGCAUCUUAACUAACCAGUUAGUACUACCCUAGGCCCUACACCCACAGUUAGCUAACAUGCUGCUAUGCUAACAGGCUAAUCUGGUGGGCUAAUAUGACAACUUAUAAGCUAAAAUUUCAGACAGCUAGCCAUCAUGCUAACGCCUCACACUGGACUACAGCGAGCCACCUGUUAACAUGGGUUAGCAUGUUAGCUGGAUCAAAGGUUAGCUCACAGUGAUGUCAAAGAAAAAUGGACCAAUCAGAGACUGAGGGGAGUGAUGCCACUGAUUGGAUUCUUAUCGGUACGAGCAUAAAAACUGUCCCGCUGCUCCCUUGGUCCGUCCGUCAAAGUGCUCCCCUCCUGCUCGUUGGUACGACUGUAAACGGAGUCCUGACUGAACAGACUGAUGGUUCCCUGAGAACAUGAACUCUGAUCUGAUCAGGAACCUUCUCGGGGAACGUGUUGGACUCCUGUUCAGGUGCAACGGUUUAAACGGUCCCCCAUUUCCAACAAUAGUUAUGGAUUCUGUAGAAGGAAACGAUGACGAGGGUCAUGUGACCAGUGGAGGUAGCCAGAGCUAGCAGGCUAGGUUUUGGUAGCCUAGCAUAGCUGGCAGGUCAGGUUCUGACUUGGGUUCCUGAGGUUCUGUACAGUGUGAUCAUCAGAUUGUCCUGUUAGAGAGUUAAUGUUCCACCUCACUGCAGGUGACCUCCAGAGAUAAACCAGUCAAUGUGUUGAAUCCUGUUUUCCUUUUUUGAUGAGAAUGAAGCACAACAAAUUAUUUUAUAGUUUUUAAUUUCGAACCAAACGGUGAGCUGAUCCCAGACAGCAGUGUUAGCAGACUGAUGCUAACGUUACCUGUUCUACCUCCUAGGUCAUGUGACCCUCAUGGCAGCCAUUUUAGCAUUUAGCAUCCAGACUGGAUCUGAGCUGCAGAUCUUCACUCGUUUCAUCAGAACAUCUCAGAUCUACGUUGUCAUUCUUCCUCAUCGCAGACAUUCAUAAAAAAUAUCUGCAACUGGACUCUGGCUGGUUUUAAUUCCAGUCCAUCUACAGUUUAAUUCUGACUCAUAGUUCUGGUUCCAGAUGUCUUUAUUCCAGGCCAACAGAUCUACGUUGUUCUCUCUAGAUUCUUCAGUUUGAACUGGUCAGAACGAUGCUGUAACUGGAACCUGGAAUUACAACCAGCCAGUCAGUAUCUACAGAGUUCUGACUCAGUUUAACUCUUUUGAGGUUUCUGUAGUUUCAUCAGAGACAGAACAUCUGCAGAACCUCCAUCACUGCUGCUGACAGUUCUGAUGUUCUGCUGGAUCAGCAGUCAAUAAGGAGCCUUCAUGAGGUUUGAGAUCUCUGCUGAUGUUGUUCUGACCAGUUCAAACUGGAUCCCAGAGAUCUGUGACUGGUUUAACUGGUCAGAACAAUGUUCAGGAGAUUUCUGUGAUUUUAGUUCCUGAGUCAGACUCAGAUAUUAAAUGUUAAAACGGCUGCUGUAGGUUCUGUUCGGUUCCUCCUGGUGUUUGAGUUCUGACAGCUUCCAAGAAAAGGUUCUGGAGAGUCAGUUCUCAGAGAUGGAGACACUGUUGGUUCCUCUGUUACCUCCACUGAUCUGGUACUGAAAAGGUUCUACAUCUGAUGGUCCUGUUAGAACCGAGACGUUCCACGUGUCAAGACAUUUACAGAGUUUUUAUGUAUUUAAAGGGUUUCACGUUUUUAAAAGUGGAGGUUCCGAGGGAGAACGAUCAUGAGAUUAAAGAAUAAAGACAGAGGAACCAGGAGGGUUCCUGUUAGAGCCAGAGGUUGGUUCUGGAUGGUAAAUGGUGUUAUUUUGUUCCCCUGGUUCCUCAGAUUGAAGCCAUCCUGCUCUUUGUUACAGUUUUGGUACUGGGCCUCCUGUGUGAGUGUGACUGUAUAUUUAUUAUUAAUGACUCUGGUUCUUCUUGUGUUCUUGCUGUUGUAGCUGUUUUUUCUGCAUGAUUCUGAUGUUUGGUGUUAAGAUUUUCUUUGAGUCUGUAAACUGCACUAAAGAUUAAAGGUUCACCUUCGGUGUGUCGGCUCCUCA